GGAAACCUCCAGGAACCUGAGGGAAAGAGAAAGUUCUGCUGGAAACGUCCUGUAAAGAGGCUCUGAUGUCCGGACAGCGGGAGGGAGAGCCCCGGCAUGAGGAGCAGGUUCCUGUGAUAUAGGAUUGUCCGAUGACAUCAUCAGUACCAGAUAAUGGAUGGAGAAGGGGACAAGAUGGCGGAGAGGAUAUUAAAUCUUACCCUAGAAAUACUCUUCCUGCUUACUGGAGAGGAUUACUCCACGGUGAAGAAGACGUCUAGUAAUCUGAUACAUGAGAAGAACAAUGAGAAGAUCCUAGAAGUUGUCCACAAGAUGAUGGAGCUGCUGACUGGAGAGGUUCCUCUAAGGUGUCAGGAUGUCGCUGUCUAUUUCUCCAUGGAGGAGUGGGAGUAUUUAGAAGGACACAAGGGUCUGUACAAGGAGGUCAAGAUGGAGGAGGACCAGCCCCUCACAUCUCCAGAGAGAUCCAGUCAGAGGACAAUACCAGAGAGAUGUCCGCGUCCUCUCCUUCCACAGGAUGGUCAGAUUUUAUAUCAGGAUGAAGAUCUGAGCAAUAUUAAUGCUACAGAGACAGAUGUGAGGGGUGAUGAGGAAUACAAGGAGGAGAUCCCUACAGAGACAGAUGUGAGGGGCGAUGAUCAAUACAAGGAGGACAUUCCUACAGAUAAGAGCCCAGGUGACUGUACUGGGAGCUUGGAGGGACAAUUUAUAUCUACAGAUUAUAAUGCAGAUGAUCCGGGUGUCACAUCAGAUACGUAUCAGACUGUUAACCAGAAUGCAAGCCACAAAAAGAGUGAGGGAGCCCAAAGAGCUCAGAAAGGGAAGAAGUCAUAUCCAUGUUCAGAAUGUGGGAAAUGUUUUACUCACAAAUCAGAACUUGAGAGGCAUCAGAGAGUUCACACUGGAGAGAAGCCGUAUUCAUGUUCAGAAUGUGGGAAAUGUUUUACUCAGAAAUCACAUUUUAUAAACCAUCAGAGAAUUCACACAGGGGAAAAGCCGUAUCUAUGUUCAGACUGUGGGAAAGGUUUUACUUACAAAUCAGAAGUUAAGAGGCAUCAGCGAGUUCACACGGGAGAGACGUGUUCUUGUUCAGAGUGUGGGAAAUGUUUUACUCUCAAAACUGAACUUGAGAGCCAUCAGAGAGUUCACACGGGAGAGAAGCCGUAUUCAUGUUCAGAAUGUGGGAAAUGUUUUACUCAGAAAUGUUCUCUUGUUGUCCAUCAGAGAAUUCACACAGGGGAGAAGCCAUAUUCAUGUUCAGACUGUGGGAAAUGUUUUAAUCACAAAUCAAAUCUUUGUAGCCAUCAGAAAGUUCACACAAAGGAAAAGCCAUAUUCAUGUUCAGAAUGUGGAAAAUGUUUUAAUAACAAAUCAAAUCUUCUGAAACAUCAGAAAGUUCACACAAAGAGAAGCCGUAUUAAUGUUCAGAAUAUGAAAAAUAUUUUACCAUGAAAUCAAGUCUUGAGAGACAUCAGCAAAUUUGCACAAAGAAGCCGUAUUCAUGUUAAGGAUGUGACUGAUAUUUCGUUAGAAAAUCUGAUCUUCAACAUUAAAGAUGUCACAUGGGAAAAAAAUCUGUAGUCGUGUUAAGAAUGUUUAACUCAAAAAUAUAUUGUUGAGCAUUAAAAAAUUCCCACAGGAAAAGCCACUUUCAUGCAGGGAAAUAUUUUACUUAUAAAUUAAGUUUUGAGAGAGAUCAAGAAUACACACAGGGGAGAAGCCGUAUUCCUGUCCAGAAUGUGGGAAAUGGUGGGCUCUGAAACCCAAUCUUCACCAUGAAAGCCAUCAUACAGGGGAGAGGCCAUAAUUAUGUACGGACUGUGGGAAAUGUUUUACCUACCAAUCGGAUUGUGUUAAACAUCAGAGAAUGCACGUAGGGGAGAAGCAGUUUUAACCCCUUCAUAACACUUGCCAUACAUGUACGGCAGGUUUUGGGUAUUUAACGGACUUCUGCCUUUAAAGAUAAAGUGAUUGAAAACUGAAUAAACAAACAUCAAAAAGUCA